GUCUUCGUCGAUAAUCUCGACCUCCUGGAGAUCGCCGACGAGGUCGCGAUGGCAGCACUGCAGUGCGCUGGACCUCCUGGGGCCGUUGACCUUGCCAGGGCUAGAUAUGGCGCUCAGGGUAUCCCGCGCAGCGAGGACAAGUCCGUGAGCCGCGCGCUGAAGAGCCAGGUCUCAGGGGUGUACGUGGACGGGAAGCUGGGCAUGAUCAGUCCCCCGAAAGACUCAAUUUAUAAUCUUGUAAGCCUCACUUUGUUCGCGCUGGGCCGCGAGCGGGUGGGGCAGAGGUGGCUGCUGGUGCUGGCGGGCCGCUGGGUGCGUGCGAUGAUGUUCCGCAGGGAGGUCGCGUCGGCUUUCGACCACUUGUGGUGCGACCUGCGGGCCCCCUUCAGCGGCGUGGCGACGGCGUCGGGCGCCGGCGAGCAGGAGGGGGCAGUGUGCCGGGCAGUGCGGCUCCUACCCCGCGGCAUUGAAGCCGCGCGUGCAGCGCGGGCGCGACGCGGCGGCCGGCUGCAGGGCGAGGGCGUGCUGAUCUCGUUCAUCGACGGUUUCGGCGGCAUCCAAAAUGCGUCGGCUUGCAGAGUGGCGCGACGCGCUUGGCCCGACGUGCUGGGGCCCGGGGGCGUGCGGCUGCCGACCAAGAAGCGCCUCGGGCAGGUUCGAGAUCGCGCUCCACAUGCUCGAUGGGCCAUCCUGGGCGCGGGCGCGCCCUGCGUGGACUUGGCGCGCCUCUGCGUGGACAGGCGCGGGCUGCGAGGGGCGCGGUCUGGCCUCUUCUUCGAGACGUGGAGAAUUCAGUCUUUGAUCCUCCAGGUGUUUCCAGAGGAGGUGCAGCUGUUCAACUUAGUCGAGAAUGUGUCAUCCAUGGGGGCGAAGGACAGGGGUGCCAUGUCGCAGGCGCUGGGCUUGGAGCCAGCGGUCAUCGAGGGCGCCGACAUCUCGCGCGCUCGCCUGGAGAGGCUUCGCCGGUGCGACGUGGACUUGAUGGCGCAGUGGCAGUGCGCCGUGGACAAGCAGCAGGGGAUUGAGAAG